GCUGGGGGCGGGGGCGGGGACCCGGAGCGGGAAGAUGGCGGCGGCGCAGGAGGUGGACGGGGCCGGCAGCGCCGUGGUGGCGGCCGGGGGAGGCGGCUCCGGUCAGGUGACCAGCAAUGGCAGCAUUGGGAGGGACCUGCCGGCGGAGACGCAGCCCCAGAACCCACCACCCCAGCCAGCACCCAACGCCUGGCAGGUCAUCAAAGGCGUGCUGUUCAGGAUCUUCAUCAUCUGGGCCAUCAGCAGCUGGUUCCGUCGAGGGCCGGCCCCUCAGGACCAGGCAGGCCCUGGAGGAGCCCCGCGCGUCGCCAGCCGCAACCUGUUCCCCAAAGACACUUUAAUGAACCUGCACGUGUACAUCUCAGAACACGAGCACUUUACAGACUUCAACGCCACAUCGGCCCUCUUCUGGGAGCAACAUGACCUUGUGUACGGCGACUGGACCAGUGGUGAGAACUCAGAUGGCUGUUACGAGCACUUCGCUGAGCUUGACAUCCCGCAGAGCGUCCAGCAGAAUGGCUCCAUCUACAUCCACGUCUACUUCACCAAGAGCGGCUUCCACCCAGACCCCCGGCAGAAGGCCCUGUACCGCCGGCUCGCCACAGUCCACAUGUCUCGGAUGAUCAACAAAUACAAGCGCCGGCGAUUUCAGAAAACCAAGAAUCUGUUGACAGGAGAGACAGAAGCAGACCCAGAAAUGAUCAAGAGGGCCGAGGACUAUGGGCCUGUGGAGGUGAUCUCCCACUGGCACCCCAAUAUCACCAUCAACAUCGUGGACGACCACACGCCGUGGGUGAAGGGCAGCGUGCCUCCUCCCCUGGACCAGUACGUGAAGUUCGACGCGGUGAGUGGUGACUACUACCCCAUCAUCUACUUCAACGACUACUGGAACCUGCAGAAGGACUACUACCCCAUCAACGAGAGCCUGGCCAGCCUGCCGCUGCGGGUCUCCUUCUGCCCACUCUCGCUCUGGCGCUGGCAGCUCUAUGCCGCCCAGAGCACCAAGUCGCCCUGGAACUUCCUGGGCGACGAGCUGUACGAGCAGUCAGACGAGGAGCAGGACUCGGUGAAGGUUGCCCUUCUGGAAACCAACCCCUACCUGCUGGCGCUCACCAUCAUUGUGUCCAUUGUCCACAGUAUCUUUGAGUUCCUGGCCUUCAAAAAUGACAUCCAGUUCUGGAACAGCCGGCAGUCCCUGGAGGGGCUGUCCGUCCGCUCCGUCUUCUUCGGCGUUUUCCAGUCUUUCGUGGUCCUCCUCUAUAUCUUGGACAACGAGACCAACUUUGUGGUCCAGGUCAGCGUCUUCAUCGGGGUUCUCAUCGACCUCUGGAAGAUCACUAAGGUCAUGGACGUCCGGCUGGACCGGGAGCACAGGGUAGCAGGACUAUUCCCCCGCCCAGUCUUCAAAGACAAGUCCACCUACGUCGAGUCCUCGACCAAAGUGUAUGACGAUAUGGCCUUCCGGUACCUGUCUUGGAUCCUUUUCCCGCUGCUGGGCUGCUACGCCAUCUACAGCCUCCUAUACCUGGAGCACAAGGGCUGGUACUCCUGGGUGCUCAGCAUGCUCUAUGGCUUCCUGCUGACUUUUGGCUUCAUCACCAUGACACCCCAGCUCUUCAUCAACUAUAAGCUCAAGUCUGUGGCCCACCUGCCCUGGCGCAUGCUCACCUACAAGGCCCUCAACACCUUCAUCGAUGACCUGUUUGCCUUUGUCAUUAAGAUGCCUGUCAUGUACCGGAUCGGCUGCCUGCGGGACGAUGUGGUCUUCUUCAUCUACCUCUACCAGCGGUGGAUCUACCGCGUCGACCCCACGCGGGUGAACGAGUUUGGCAUGAGCGGCGAGGCCCCGACAGCAGCAGGAGCACUCCUACCCGCCCCCGCCGCAGACAGCACCGCAGCCCGGGAGGAGGCCUCCACGCCCCUGCCCGCCGAGCCCACCGCAGGGGCCAGCUCCACCACCGAGGCCCAGGAAGCCCCUCCAAAGCCAGCAGAGGACAAGAAAAGGGAUUAGCCGCUCCUGGUCCUCCUCGUCCACUCCAGUUCCUGGUGACCACCGCCCCAGUGGCCCCGGCCACCCGCCUUCCCUCCCUGUCACCCUUUCCCUGGACAGAUCGGGCUGGGGUGGCGGGAGGCCCCCCUCGGGCCAGGGCCCAGUGUGUGGUGUGGGGACCAGGGCACAUUGUUUGUGGAGGCACCAUCUGUCCGUCCAUCAUCUGUGUUUCUAGCCAUCUCGUCCUCCAGCCCAGCACCAUUGGGAAUCAUGGUGAAGCCAACGUGGCACUGCCGAGGGGGUGGGCCAGGUGGGGGAGCGGCCACGGCCCCUCUGGGAUGCUCACGGCCGUCCAUCAUCUUGUCCCUUGUCCCCUGGCCACCCCUCUCCUCCCAGACCACCACCCUUUAACACAGUCUGGAUUUAAUAAAUUCAUAUGGGUGUUUAACUUAAACUUGACAA